AUGGUGAUCUCUCUCGCAAAGACUAUCCUCUCUCACUAUGGGAAUGGUGAUCGGUUUCUAAAUCGUUUCAUCUUCUUCUUAUGGGGAAUGAUGAUUUUUGUUUUAGGUUGUAGUGUGACAAAUCUCAUUGGAAUCGACCACAUUGUGCUUUCUAUCUCCAUAGUAGAUCUUCGGGUUCAAUAUGAUGAUAAGUUCUACAAUGAAUGGUGGUGGUUUCUGGUGAGUUUUCAUACUUCGCUUGUGAUUUCUAUAUUGGACAUGGUGAGUAACAAUGGUUGUGUUCUCACCAUAACCGCUUUGCUAUGGGAAGAAACUCCAUGGAAACCACCAAGGAAGAGACAAUGGUCCAAGGUUGAAGACGCAUCUUCUUUGUUAUAUGGCGAUAUUUGUACAAUCAUUGAAAAUUGGCAAUCCGAAAUUUUAUUUCUAACGACAGAAUCAAUAUAUUGGGUUCUGAAUCGAAGAAUAUUUAUAGAUAUUACUCGGAAGUUGGCCAAUGUAAUACAACAGGAAGAAUUAGUGUUUGGUAGUCUCACCAAAUGGGUGAUAGCCAACGAUGAAGAUUGCACCAGAUUGAAUGCGAAUAUGUGA